GGUGGGUGGCCCUUUCUACCUCAUAGCAGAGUGACAGUGAAAGAAGGACCCAGACGUUUAAUCUUGUUUUGCAGUGGACCUAGCAGAAAGCAGCUGCAGCAGCUUGGAAAUUACCAUGGAGAAAAUCCUGAAAACAGAAUUGAAAACGUCCGUUCUGAAGGCGUUUGGAAGCUCGGGAGGAGGAUACAUUAGCCAAGGCCAAGGUUAUGAAACAGACAGUGGACGAGUAUUUGUUAAAGUCAACCACAAACCUCAGGCUAGAAAAAUGUUUGAAGGGGAAAUGGCAAGUCUGGAAGCUAUUCAGAAAACCAAUAUUGUGAGAGUGCCUCAGCCUAUUAAAGUAAUUGACCUACCUGGAGGAGGAGCAAUGUUUGUCAUGGAGUACCUAAAGAUGAAGCACCUCAACAAAUAUUCUUCAAAGCUUGGGGAGCAGAUAGCAGAUCUUCAUCUUUAUAACCAGAAACUUGGAGAGAAAUUGAGGAAGGAGGGAAACACAAUUGGUAAAGGAGCGGGUCACUCAGAGGCUCAGUAUGUGGAUAAGUUUGGAUUCCAUACAGCCACUUGCUGUGGUUAUAUACCUCAGGUGAAUGAAUGGCAGAGUGAUUGGCCUUCCUUCUUCAUUCGUCAUCGACUCCAGGCUCAGUUGGAUUUGAUUGAAAAAGAUUAUGGAGACAGAGAAGCCAGAGAACUUUGGUCACAGCUAAAACUAAAGAUUCCUGAAAUGUUCUGUGACAUCGAAAUCAUUCCCGCUCUCCUGCAUGGGGACCUGUGGGCAGGAAAUGUGGCUGAGGACGACUCCGGGCCAAUUAUCUUUGACCCUGCUUCCUUCUACGGCCAUUCAGAGUUUGAACUGGCCAUUGCUGGAAUGUUUGGUGGGUUUAGCAGCUCUUUUUUCUCUGCCUAUCACAGUAAAAUACCCAAAGCUCCAGGAUUUGAGAAAAGAAACAAGUUAUAUCAGCUCUUUAAUUACAUAAACCACUGGAACCAUUUUGGAACGGGGUACAGGGGUUCUACCCUAAAUGUAAUGAGAAAACUGUUGAAGUAAGCAGAUAGGUUUGAGAAAUCCUGACACAGUCCCUUAGUAAUUAACAGCCCUUGCUUAUCAGAAGUAACACAAACUAGGAAUUAAUGCUGAUGACAAAACACCUGGCAUGUAAAAGGCUUAGUACCCUUCUGAGCCUC